UGGUUGUAGGUGUAGCGUAUGCUCUGUAUAGAACGACGAAUAAUACGCGUCUGAAUUGUUAGAGACAAUUUAUUAUAAGUUUAAUACCGCGAUAAUGGAAAUGGCGACGUUCGUUUUUGUGCUGGUGACAGCCACGGCAGUUGUGACUUGUGAGAGACGUGACGUAGCCGCCAUCCCAUUCCCAUCGCUGGAAAAUAUAUCCAGUCUUAUUCUGAACAACAACGAGAGCAAAGUUCCGGCUGAGGGUUCCAACAUAAAAAUACUCGAGUUUGGCGAGACAACAACCCCUGGCACACUGGAGAAUAACGAAGGUGGGGCAAGUCCGGGGGAAACUCCCGAAAACGUGACGACGCCGACGGACAUACCUAAAACCACAUCGGUAUACCCUGGCUGUUUACCUCAAGCAACGGAAAAUUCCAAAACAAUUGAAAACAAAACCACUACGGAAAUGCCCGAAACUGUUGGGACAACUCCUACGGAAAUGCCCGAAACGACAUCGGAAGACGUAUCCGGUUCUGGAUCUGGUUCAGGAGAUGACGAAGAAGGAUCCGGUGAAUUGGGAUCCGGAGAGGUAGACAACGAUGUCUGUCCGCAAGGGUUCACACUCAUUUCAAAACUGAACCGGUGUUACUUAUUCAGCACGGUGAGAGCUGAUUGGUUCGAAUCUAAGAAAAGAUGUUGGAUGAGAAACUCCUACCUUGUCUCGAUAGAGACGAAAGAAGAAAAUGACUAUCUGCUGAGGGAAGUUGCGAAGCGCCAAAGCGACUUUCUGAUCGGAGGGAAUGACAUUGACACCCAGUUCAAGUUCGUCUGGGAUCAAGACAAGAGGCCCUUCCGCUUCGCCCAGUGGGCACCGGAUGAGCCCAAUAAUCAGUUUGGUCAAGAACGCUGUGUAGAACUGAAAUAUUACUACAAGCAAGAACGCUGGUAUUGGAACGACCUGCCUUGCUCUGUUUCAAAGAAAUUCAUCUGCGAAAGACCAUCGUGGCUUUGAUAAUUACCGGCAUUAUCUGAUCAGCGAACCAAAUUCUUUUCUAGACGCGUAAGGGCCAUUUGUACAGUUGCUGGCAGUAUGGCUUCUUAGUAUCGUUAUGAACUAAACUGGAUACCACGAAGUCACCAGGAAGUCAUUAAUUUUCUCUUAAACAGAUUUCCUCAGGAUUUGUGUAGAAGCAUACUCCUUACAGCGCACGCGCCGCACCCUACGUUCGCUUUACACCACUGUCACAAUUGACAAAUUUUGUACAAAAACCUUUAACAACAACGGGGCGACCGAGGUCACAGAGAUGAGGUAGGAAGUGACAUCAGAAAGCAUAAAAACCCCGUCUCCAUCUUUGUUCCUAAUAAUACUUUAUACACACUUAUCCUCUUAAUAUAAACUAUGUAGAACAUGAUUCUAACUACACUUGAAAUAAUUUUAUUUACCAACGCUGAUCAAAUAGUUUCGCACGGCGAUAUAUGCGGCGAGGCAAGUCUGCGUGUGUUGCAAGGCUCCAAAGAUCCAGCUUAUUUUGUGGUGGCAAUGAUGUAAUGACAGCUUAGAGAGAGGCACAGGUGCUGAGUCUGAUUCAGAUUACAUUACGCCCUUAAUCGCAAACAUAAAGUUAACCCUACAAUCUCGUCUACAAAACCUGUACCAUGUAAAACAGUUGUUAUUCAUCACUUUUUAUGUUUUUUUUUUUAGACAUUUAAUAAUAUCUACCAAUAUAUACAAAAUAAAAUUAUUAUUUGUUAAUUAGUGUUAUGUAGAUAAUCAAUUAUGAAGUGCGUCUUAAUUAUUAUAUUCUUCCACUCACAGCUAAUCCUUUGGUGGGGCCUCCAUGGCCACGGCACAAUGACCCAGAAGCCUCCUACUAAUGCGUUCGCUGUGAGUUCGAGUCCAGCACAUGCUGACUUUCUCUUCGGCCGUACGUGGAAAGGUCUUGCAAAACUUGCGGAUGGUCGUGGGUUCUCCCCGCUCUCUGCCCGGUUUCCACUCACCAUAAUGCUGGCCGCCUUCGUAUAAGUGAAAUAUUCUGGAGUACAGCGUAAAACACUAAUGAAAAAACUAAAUAAAUUAUACUUUGGUUUUGACAAAUCUGGUUGUUGAGCGUUUCAUUGUUUUGACAAACGAAAGUCUGUGAUUUUGUCCAGUGGGUUUAAUAUGUUUCAUUCUCACUUCAUCACUCUGUUUUGAUUGGUGUUUUACGCCGUAGUGAAAAAUAUUUCAGAUACACGACUGCGGCCAGAAUUUUGGUGGGACAAAACCAGACAUAGCCCGGGGGAAAACUACGACCAUCUGCAGAUUAUUGGCAGACCUUCCUACGCAUAACGGACAGGAAGCCAGCAUGAGCUGGACUUGAACUCACAUCCACCGCAUUGCGCAUAGUGACAGGCUCCUGGGUCACUGAGCCGCGCUGAGAGGCUAUCCACCGCUUCAUCACUUUACAUUACACCAUUACCGUACCGCUAUGCAGUGAAUAUGGUCCGGUAAUUUUUCAACAACUAUUACUUGAGUUAAAUGUUACAGAAGGUGACUAAAUUAAGCCACAUGUGAGGCACUGUUACCUUUUUUUUUAUUAAAAUCGAUAUAUAAUAUAUAAAUAUAUAUAUUCGCCUGGUUAUAGACUUGACAGAUUUCUAUAUCGCCAUUAUUGAAAUGUACACUUAAAAUAAAAACAAAAAGUGAUCUUCCGUUACAAA